CUAUGCUCCGUGUGCAGCUGCAGCCCUGUCAUGUGACACCGACUUGUCCAGCUCACACUUCCGCUUCUGCGUGUAAAAGUUGAGUGAAAUCUCGGAGAAGUUUACAGGAAGACUGUUGCCAAGUUAAUGAGCACUUUAUAAGUUUGUGCGAGUUUAAGUUUAUUUAUCGGGAAGUUGUUUGAAUGCGGAACAUGUCGACGGCGGUCCUGUACAACGACCAGGGAGGAGCGGAGGCUGCCGUGGAAGCGGGUCAGGAGAGCACCCCGACCACCUCCAGCACCGGAGCUGCCUUCGGACUCUUCAGCACUGACUUCAAAAAAAAUGAAGACCUUAAAGAGAUGCUGGAGAGCAACAAGGAAUCGCUCAAACUGGAGGCCAUGAAGCGGGUCGUCGGGCUGAUUGCCAAAGGGAAGAAUUCAUCGGAGCUGUUUCCUGCAGUUGUGAAGAACGUUGCGAGUAAAAACAUCGAGCUGAAGAAGCUUGUGUACGUGUACCUGGUGAGGUAUGCAGAGGAGCAGCAGGACCUGGCUCUGCUGUCCAUCAGCACCUUCCAGCGAGCCCUCAAGGACCCAAACCAGUUCAUCCGGGCCAGCGCACUCAGGGUUCUGUCCAGCAUCCGGGUGCCUAUAAUCGUCCCCAUCAUGAUGCUGGCCAUAAAGGAGGCGGCAGCCGACCUGUCCCCGUACGUCAGGAAGACGUCGGCCCACGCUAUCCAGAAGCUCUACAGCCUGGAUCCAGAGCAGAAGGAGCAGCUGAUCGAAGUGAUCGAGAAGCUGCUGAAGGACAAAAGCACACUGGUUGCCGGCAGCGUCGUGAUGGCUUUCGAGGAAGUGUGUCCAGAUCGCAUUGACCUGAUUCACAAGAACUACAGGAAGCUGUGUAACCUGCUGGUGGAUGUGGAGGAGUGGGGUCAGGUGGUCAUCAUCUCCAUGCUGACCCGCUACGCCAGGACGCAGUUCACCAGCCCCUGGAAGGAGGGCGCCAUCUUUGACGAGAACAAUGAUAAGACGUUCUACGAGUCUGACUCUGAGGAGAAAAAAGAGCAGAUGGAGGCCAAACCCUACAUCAUGGACCCAGAUCACAGACUGCUGCUCAGGAACACUAAACCUCUGCUGCAGAGCAGGAACACUGCUGUGGUGAUGUCGGUCGCUCAGCUCUACUGGCAUUUGGCCCCAAAACAUGAAGUCAACAUCGUCACCAAGUCCCUGGUUCGACUACUGAGAAGCCACAGAGAGGUGCAGUAUAUCGUGCUUCAGAACAUAGCCACGAUGUCCAUUCAGAGGAAGGGGAUGUUUGAGCCCUACAUGAAGAGUUUCUACGUGAGAUCUACAGACUCCACACACAUCAAAACUCUGAAGUUAGAGAUUCUGACCAACCUGGCCAAUGAAGCCAACAUCUCCACUAUACUGAGGGAAUUCCAGACAUAUGUGAAGAGUCAGGACAAGGCGUUUGCGGCAGCCACCAUUCAGGCCAUCGGCCGGUGUGCCACCAACAUCUCUGAGGUGACGGACACGUGUCUGAACGGUCUGGUGCUGCUGCUCUCCAACAGAGACGAGACUGUGGUGGCUGAGAGUGUGGUGGUGAUCAAGAAGUUGCUUCAGACUCAGCCCACACAGCACAGUGAGAUCAUCAAACACAUGGCCAAGCUCUUCGACAACAUCACCGUCCCGAUGGCGCGAGCCAGCAUCCUGUGGCUGAUGGGAGAGUACUGCGAGAGGGUGCCAAAGAUCGCACCUGACGUCCUCCGUAAGAUGGCGAAGACUUUCACAGCGGAGGAGGACAUCGUGAAGCUGCAGACGGUCAACCUGGCAGCCAAACUCUACCUGACCAACUCCAAGCAGACCAAACUGCUGACCCAGUACAUCCUGAACCUCGGCAAGUACGACCAGAACUACGACAUCAGAGACCGAACACGCUUCAUAAGACAGCUGAUUGUGCCCAACGAGAAGAGUGGCGCCCUCAACAAGUACGCCCGCCGCAUCCUGCUGGCCCCCAAACCGGCCCCAGUGCUCGAGUCUGCCUUCAAAGAUCGAGACCGGUUCCAGCUCGGCACGCUCUCCCACAGCCUCAACGUUAAAGCUACUGGGUACCAGGAGCUGUCGGACUGGCCGGCUGUUGCUCCGGACCAGUCUGUGAGGAACGUGGAGGUCAUCGAGCCGGUGAAAGAAUGGGCACCAUUGGUUGGGAAGACCAAAAAAUCUAAAUCUGAAGACAAGUUCUACUCUGACGAUGAAGACGAGAAAGAAGAGGAAGAAUCAGAGAGCAGUGGCAGUGAAGACAGCAGCAGCAGCAGUGAUGAAGAGUCGGGCAGCGAGAGUGAGGAGGAAAGCAGUGAAGAGUCCGAAAAGACCUCCAGUGAUUCUGGAAAAAGUUCCAGUGGAUCUGAAAAGAGCUCCAGUGAAUUUGAAGCAGAACAGAAGAAGAAGAAAAAGACCAAAAAGGCACCACUGAAGAAGAACAAGCUGACUGCUGGUGACAGUGACUCAGAUGAAAACGGUAA